UGCAAAUUUGCAACUCUGCAACUCCCGUCACCUAGAGGCAACUGCAAGAAUAAAAAUUUCCCACCCUUUCGAAACACGGGACCACAAACACGCAAUGCCCAUGUCUCACAAACACGCGACCACCCUCAUCAAAUCUCUGUGCGCCAGCGGCGCGGUUCGCCACGCCCGCGCCUUGUUCGACGAAAUGCCCGACCGGGAUGUCGUGGCCUGGACGGCCAUGCUCUCCGGCUACGCCUCGAACAGCCGCCACGGCGAGGCGCUGGAUGUCUUCCGGCGCAUGGUCUCCGCGGGGGUCGGGCCCAACGAGUUCACGCUGUCCAGCGUCCUGACCGCGUGCCGCGGGGUCGGCAGCGAGGCGGCCGGCUGCUGCUGCGGGGAAUCGAUCCAUGCCGUCGCGGUGCGGCGGGGCGUGGACCACAUGCCUUACGUCGUGAACGCGCUCAUUGACGCGUACGCGUCCCGCGGGGAGGGCCUCGUGGACGCCAGGAGGCUAUUCGAUGAGCUGGGGAGUGAACGCACGGCCGCGUCGUGGACGUCCAUGAUCGCCGGUUAUGCCCGUUGGGGACAGGAGAGCACGGGGCUACAGUUGUUCCAAAAGAUGAUUCAGGAUGGUGUUGAGUUGAGUCCAUUCACCUGCUCUAUUGCAAUCCAUGCAUGUGCUUCAGUAGCCAACUUAUAUUUUGGACAGCAAAUUCAUGUACUGUCCAUAAGGAAAGCUCUCAGAGCGAACCUUGCUGUUGCCAAUUCUCUGGUCAACAUGUACUGCACUUGUGCAAGCAUAAUGGAUGCAAGGAGGCUUUUUGAUGAAAUGUCUGAAAGAAACUUGGUCACCUGGAAUACCAUUAUUGCUGGAUGUAGCCGACGCGAUCCUCUAAUGGCCUUGCAGCUGCUUGUUGACAUGGAUCUCGAGCCGAAUUGCUUGACCUUAACUGGUAUUACAUCAGCAUGUGCUGGCCUUGCAGCUCUGAGAUGUGGCCAACAGGUCCAUGGGGCUGUCAUUAGGAAAUACUAUGGCGAGGACCUAAAAAUUUCCAAUGCCCUUGUCGACAUGUACUCCAAGUGUGGAACAAUAUCAUAUGCUAAGAAGGUAUUCAACAUGAUAUCUUGCAAAGAUAUAUUGUCGUGGACAUCGAUGAUUAGUGGGUAUGGGACGAAUGGGUAUGUGAGCGAGGCCAUCGAGCUGUUCAAUUCUAUGGUCGACGCUGGGGUUCAUCCGGACCAUGUGGUGUUCAUGGGCCUGAUUAGUGCUUGCAGCCAUGCUGGUUUAGUGGAUGAAGGAUGCAACCUUUUCAGAUCAAUGAUAUCUGAGUAUAACAUGCAGCCUAACAAGGAGAUUUAUUCUUGCAUCACCAAUCUUCUUGCUCGUGCAAGGAGGCUGGGGGAAGCCUUUGAUCUCAUUGAUGCAAUGCCAUUUGCUCCUGAUGAAUCUGUCUGGGGAGCAUUGCUUGGCGCUUGCAAGCUGCACAAGAAUGUAGAGCUGGGCAGACUAGCUGCAAGGAAAAUUGUUGAGAUUAAUCCUGAUGCAGUGAAGACUUACAUCCUGCUUGCAAACAUAUAUGCUGCAGAUAGCAAAUGGAGUGAGUAUGCUGUGACAAGGAGGUUGUUGAGGGGCACAGGAAGCAGUAAGGAGGUCGGGAUGAGUUGGAUAGAGAUAACAAAUAAGAUGUAUAGCUUUAGCACAGCUGACAGUAGCGGCCCACAAGUUAGUUUAGCAGACGAGGUAUUGCAGGUCUUGGUUGAACACAUGGAUGAAGCUGGAAAUGAUUUUGUUGACAAUAUUUCCAGAGUUGCAUGAUUUAUUUGUUCUUAAAUGGUUCAUCCAUUCUUGAAGUUAAAUGUUGCAGAAAUUGACGCUGAGGUUUGAGUUCUGAUGUACCUAUCCAGAACUAAACAAAUUGCAUAUGCAAUUUAAAGAAAAUUUAACAGAGAAUGCAGAAAUAACACAGUUGAUGGAAGGGACUAACUUAAAAGCCAACAGCGACAACAGAGUUUGUCAUGGAGCUUCAGUUAUCUGUUGGUAGCCAGAUUAUUAGAUUAUUAUACAUUUGAGAGGAAUCAUAAAGCUGCAGCACCCUCUCCUCCAUAUCUGAAGGAUUGUAGUCCCCUGAUGAGUGAUGACAUCAUGGCUUUUGUGGUGAUGAGUGGUGGUAGAUAUGGUAGAGAAAGAUUUGAAUUUUCCAUAACAGUUGAGGCUUUACUCAUAUUUGUGUGCUACCAGUGAUUGUUUUGGUAAUCAAAGAAGUGGCUGUUAUCUGGAAUGCAUUGUCACUCGAUCCAUUGCUGCACAUUCCCAAAUGAGGAGUUAUUUGGUAAGCAUGA